AUGGACGACUACGAUGCUCUCGAGGAUUUCGACUUCGAGCAGACGCUCGGCCCCGGCCCGCUUCCGCCGUCCGCGCCCGCCUUCAGCACCGCCGUCCCCGCUUCCGCGCCCGGCGCGGCGGCUUCCGCGGAGCCGAGCGCCGGCCCCGGCGCACCCGGCGGAGCGGGUGGCGGGAAUUUCGGCCCGCGGGCCGAUGGGUUCGGCGGGGGUUCGUCGCAGCACGCGCAACCCCCGUACCAGCAGCAGCAGCAACACCAUCAAUUCCCGCAAAGUCAGCAGCAUCAGCAGCAACAGCAGCAGCAGCCGCCGCAUCAGCAGCAGGCGCACGACAUGGGAGGCGGGCACGGGGGAGGUCCGCCGCCUGCCGGUUUCCGGCGGAAUUACCGGCAGACCGUUUGCCGGCACUGGCUGCGCGGGCUGUGCAUGAAGGGGAACGACUGCGGGUUUCUGCAUCAGUACGACAAGAGCCGCAUGCCUGUGUGUCGGUACUUUGCGCGGUGGGGCGAGUGCAGGGAGCUUGACUGCGUGUACAAGCACACCAACGAAGACGUCAAGGAGUGUAACAUGUACAAGCUCGGAUUCUGCCCGAACGGCCCUGAUUGCCGGUACCGACAUAUGAAGCUGCCCGGCCCGCCCCCCCCUGUGGAGGCCCUGGCGGAAAAGUUUCAGCUGCAGCUGCAGCAGCGCCCCCCCUUCCACUUCGCGGGGGGGAUGGGGGGCGGAGGGGGAGGCAUGGGGGGAGGGAUGGGGGGUGGCAUGGGGGGAGGUAUGGGGGGAGGCAUGGGGGGAGGCAUGGGGGGAAUGGGGAUGGGGAAUGGGGGGCCAAUGGGGGGAGGCAACAAGCCGGUGCGGUUCUUUUCUGGGCCUGGGGGAAUGGAGCAGCAGGGGGGCGGGGGGAUGGGCGCACAUGGGGGGGGGGAAAUGGGGGUAGGUGGGGGCAUGGGGCAUGGGGGAAUGGGACAAGGGGGGAAUAUGGGGCCUGGGGGAGGAGCUGUUGGGGGUAUGGGCGGAGGCGGGGUAGGGGGAAUGGGAGGAGGAGGGGAGAUGGGGCAAGGGGGGCCCAUGGGGCAAGCAGGCGGGGAAGCUGGGCCUGGUGGGGGGAAUAUUGCGCCAGGGGCAGCAGGGGGCAUGGGGGCAGGCGGAGGGGGCAUGGGGGUAGGCGGAGGGGGAAUGGGACCAGGCGGAGGGGGAAUGGGGCCAGGCGGAGGGGCAGGGGGGGCAGCUGUGAAUCAGCAAGCGCAGCAAACAGGGCAGCAGCAGGGGCAGGGGCAGGGGAGCCAGGGGCAGCAGGGGGGGCAGCAGCAGGAAGGGGGAGGGGGGAUGCAAGGGGUGAGUCGGGCAACGGGUGAAGGGGGAAUAGGGGGCGGACCCACUGGGGGAGGGGGAGGGGGAGGGGUUGCAAAUGGGGGGCAUAUGCAGCAACAGCAAGGGAUGGCGGGUCAAUCAGUAGGGGGCAUGGGAGGAGGGGGAGGGAUGGGGGGAGGGGGGAUGGGGGGAGGGGGGGUGGGAGGGGGAGCAGGAGGGAUGCACGGGGAAGGGGGGAUGAUGAUGGGGGAUGCGUCAGCAGCAGGCAUGGGAGCAGCAAUGGCGCCCACUCCUCCCAUGAGCCUCGCCAUUCCGCCACCACCCGGCACAACCAGGUACUUCAUCGUGAAGAGCAACAAUCUGGAGAAUCUUGAAUUGUCUGCCCAGCGGGGCAUGUGGGCGACGCACCGCAACAACGAGGGGAAGCUGAACGAGGCGUACGAGUCGUGUGAUAGUGUCAUUCUCAUCUUCUCCGUCAAUGAGACGAGGCACUUCCAGGGUUGUGCGCUGAUGAUGUCGCGCAUAGGAGCCGUGGUGGGGGGAGGGCCGUGGAAGUAUGCUCAGCGGAUGGGCAGCUAUGGGCAAAACUUCCGCAUCAGAUGGCUCAAGCUCUGUGAGCUAUCGUUCAACAAGACGCGGCACCUGCGCAACCAGUACAACGACAACCAGCCUGUCAAGAUCAGCCGCGAUUGCCAGGAGGUGGAGCCCUCAGCAGGCGAGCAGCUCACUUCCUUGCUCUACCGCGAGCCAGACGCACCCCUCCUGGCCACGGCACGGGAAGCAGAGAAGAAGAGACUAAUGGAGCAGCAAGCUCAGGCGCAGGGGAGGGGGGGCAUGGGCGGAGGGAUGGGGGGAGGCAUGGGCGGAGGGAUGGGGGGAGGGAUGGGCGGAGGGAUGGGUGGGAUGGGGGGAAUGGGCAUGCAUAUGGGCAUGGGAAUGGGGGGAAUGGGGAUGGGAGAGAUGGGGGGUAUGGGUGGCAUGGGUGGAAUGGGGGGUAUGGGAGGUAUGGGCAUGGGCAUGAAUAUGGGUGGUGGGGCUGGUGGUGCUUCUGGUGGCCGCGGCGCAGGUACAACCUCCAGCGGAGGUUCGGGGCGAGGUUCGGCUCGAGCAGGUCCGGAUGACCAGCGUCGGACCCUUGGCUCGGGCCAAAGCAGCGGAGGGGUGGGAGGUGAUGGCGAGAGGGGGAUAGGAGUGAGAAAGAGGGUUAUGGAUGGGGAGUCGGGGGGGAGGGAAGGUGUGGAAGCGGAGAGGAGAGCGGGAGGGAGGAGUGAGAAGGGGAGUGUGGCAGAGAGAAGGGAUCCGAGAAUGAGAAGGGGUUAG